UUCUAUAUUAACAGGGUUUGGAAGGGGAGAGCGAGGUGGGAUCUUUUAGUUAUCUCGAGGUUGCAAGGCGGUGUUUGAGCAUCUGCCUCCUCUGAAAAAUGUAGGCCGUUAGCCUUAAAUUUUGCCAACAGCUUCGCUGCAUUUCUAAAUGGUCGCAUCGUAUAAUCUCAGACAUGUUUUAAAUCAAGGGCCGUAUUAAAGCGGGUGGCAGAUUGUGUACAUCAGCAGUGAUACAGCAUAUUUACAGUGGACAGCAGCAUCCACACUGGGAGCAGGACAAAAUGGCUGAUAAGAGUGACCUAAAAGCUGAACUUGAGCGCAAGAAACAGCGCCUUGCUCAAAUCAGAGAGGAAAAAAAGAGAAAGGAGGAAGAAAAAAAGAAGAAAGAGUCAGAGACACAACAGAAAGCGGAAGCUGCUCCUGAGGACUCGGAUUUGGACCGCAAGCGCAGGGAGACGGAGGCCCUCCUCCAAAGCAUUGGAAUCUCACCCGAACCUCCAUUAGUGCCGACACCAAUGUCCCCAUCAAAGUCUAUGAGCACCCCCAGCGAGACGGGCAGCCAGGACUCUGUGGAUGGAGCAGCAGCUGGCAGGACCUUGCAGUGGGACACUGACCCCUCUGUUCUUCAACUGCAGGCUGACUCUGAGCUCGGACGCCGAACGCACAGAUUGGGACCUUCUAAGAUAACUCAGGUGGAUUUCCUGCCCAGAGAGUUGGUGUCCUACUGUAAAGAGACUCAGACACCGCUAGCAGCUCAUCAGUCUGAAGAAGAUGAAGAGGAGGAUGAAGAGGUCACAGAACCGAAAGAUGGCCUAGAAACCGACCUGCAGGAGGAGGAAGAAAGCAAGGAAACAAAAGAAGGCCACCCGCGGGAGCUGACGGAGGAAGAGAAACAGCAGGUUCUGCACUCGGAGGAGUUCCUCAUCUUCUUUGACCGCAGUAUUCGUGUGAUGGAGAGAGCUUUAGCUGAGGACUCCAACAUCUUCUUCGACUACAGCGGACGAGACCUGGAGGAUAAAGAGGGAGAUCUGCAGGGCGGCUCCAGUCUCUCUCUCAGUCGCCUGUUCUAUGAUGAGCACUGGUCAAAGCAUCGGGUCAUCACCUGUCUGGACUGGUCCCCUCAGUACCCUGAGCUCUUGGUGGCCUCCUACAACAACAAUGAAGACGCUCCUCAUGAGCCAGAUGGUGUGGCUUUGGUGUGGAAUAUGAAAUUCAAGAAGACCACACCAGAGUACAUCUACCACUGCCAGUCUCCAGUGGUGUCAGUGGGUUUUGCUCGGUUUCAUCCUAACCUGUUGGUGGGUGGCACAUACUCGGGGCAGAUUGUUCUCUGGGACAACAGAAGUCACCGAAGAACGCCGGUUCAGAGGACCCCCCUGUCCGCUGCAGCACAUACACACCCAGUGUACUGCGUCAAUGUGGUCGGCACCCAGAACGCCAACAACCUGAUCACUGUGUCCACAGAUGGCCGGAUGUGUUCCUGGAGUCUGGAUAUGCUGUCACAGCCUCAGGAGAGCAUGGAGCUUAUUUAUAACAAGUCUAAACCAGUGGCUGUGACUGGGAUGGCCUUUCCCACUGGAGACGUCAAUAAUUAUAUAGUUGGCAGUGAGGAGGGGACAGUGUAUACAGCGUCCAGACAUGGCAGUAAAGCUGGCAUCUGUGAGAUGUUUGAAGGCCAUCAGGGGCCAGUGACAGGCAUCAGUUGUCACAGUGCUGUGGGCCCUGUCGAUUUCUCCCACCUCUUUAUCACCUCUUCUUUCGACUGGACUGUAAAAUUGUGGAGCACAAAGCAAAACAAGCCCCUGUACUCGUUUGAGGAUAAUGCGGACUAUGUCUACGAUGUGAUGUGGUCUCCCGUUCACCCUUCGCUCUUCGCCGCCGUGGACGGCAUGGGUCGUCUGGAUCUGUGGAACUUGAACAAUGACACUGAGGUGCCCAGCGCUAGUGUGACAAUAGAGGGAGCCCCCGCUCUGAACCGCGUCAGAUGGGCCGCUGGGGGCAAAGAGGUCGCCGUGGGAGACUCAGAGGGGCGUGUGUGGAUAUACGACGUUGGAGAGCUGGCCGUGCCCCACAGUGAGGACUGGACCCACUUCGGCCGCACACUGAUGGAGUUCCGUGCCAACCGCGGGGACGGUGAGGAGGAGGGGCCUGUGGAACUGGCCACGUAAACACGUACCCAUAAACAGGAUCAGCGUCAUCACAAACCCAGACUGAGCCUGAUGUAACACACACAAUUAGCAUGCCCACUAGUACUGUGCUGUUUACCGUUUAUCCAAAGGGACCGUUUAUCCAAAUCUAAUGAAAAAUGUGGCAUUGUUUACCAAGGCUGGGUAAAAAUACUGCAUGAUUUUUUUUAAGCGCAAACCCUACCUCGCAGCUGAUUUCAUUGGUCAACCAGUCAAGAAAAGAUCAAACUUCAUGCAUUCAGUUCAGAAAUAUCAUCAGUGGAUCUGAUCAUGACAAACCGUAAUGCUAUUUAUCCAUCUAUCUAUCAGGAUGUGCUAUACUGAGGUUAGGAUUUAGGUUGGGUUUAAAGUCAGCAUGAAAUGGAAGUUGCGAUAGUCUAUUCUUCUGAAAUGGCUUCUCAAACAAGAAAAAAUGUAGGGCGGGACUUGAUUUUGUCCAUGGGGAAUUGAUUGGAUGGUUGUGGUUUGCUAUUGCUUUGAUCUCAUGUGACAGUUUUUUCCGCCCUCACGCCAUAAAACAUCAUCAGAGAAGAGAUGUCACUGCAAGUUAUUUCAAUUAAAGAUUACGAGGGCACAUGAAUUUAAGUACAUGGAUGAACCAUUUACAAUAAAUACUCCAAUAUUCCAUAAAAAAAUAAGUCAAUUCUGAUUUCACUAUCACUUUAAAAGCGUUAGUAGCCUAUUUCAACGCAUGUAAGCAAUCAGCACUGUGAUUAACAUGACCAAUGAAAUCUGUAGAAUCGGCUGCGGGGCGGGGAUAGCAAAAAAAUAUCGGUUUUGCGAUUAUUUGCAGAUAAUUCUUAAAAUUAGUCAUUAGAUCAUUUUUUACUCAGAGGGUGUGUGUUAAUGUGGGCUAUUAGUACAGCGCUAUAUAUCUUGGAGAUGUCGCUGUGUUUAGCGGAACUAAUUCAGUCAAUUCACUCUCUAUAUUUUGCGUAAUUUACGAUGUUAGCAGGUUCCGUGUAUCAAGUUUCUCACAACGCUUUUCAGCAUCGCCAUUUCCUCACUCCUGAAUCUUCAGCGCCACGGCAAAAUAAAUCAAAUUUUACCUGAGUAAAUGUGACUGCAGUGUGUAUACUUAAUGUGAUCACUGUGUACAGCGAAAUAAUAUAAACGUCUUUCUAUUGAGUUGUCUUAACGGAAUUCACGGAAACAUACAUGAGUCGGACGUUUUAGUGAAUCAAAACACAACGCGAAUCCAAUUCCAAAAAUGAAUGACUCGAAUGAAUCAGUAUUUUCAUGAUUUAUAUAAUUUACAGCGUUAGCACAGAGUAGCAAAAUUGACAUUUUAACUGAAAUAUACCCACAUGGAUAGCAAAAAUGAGUAAAAUUGAAUCAAGUUUGCGAAUCGCCAUUUUGUUUACUGGCCAUCGUCAUUACAUAGAAUAAUGAACAGUCUUAUUAUGGAAAAGAGCUGCUUAUUUUGUGUGGAAACACACGAAAGUGAGUGAAUGACAGUUUAGGUGAACGAUCCCUUUAAUGUUGUUGCUUAUGGGUUUGUUACUUUAGCAUAAAAUUAGGUUUUAUUUCUGUGAGCUUUGUGUGCAGUUUUGUUGUGUUAGAGUUCAUUGUAUUUUAAUGUUUCGUCUCAUUUCCUUGAUAGCAUUUACUGCUAAAUCAGUCCAUAACAUGUUUGAAAAUGUGAAUUUGAAAUAACCUGCUGCUAGGAAGGCAUUUUCAACGUUGGUUGGUGGUUAUUUUUAGUAUACUUGAACAGUGUGUGUAUAUUUUUGUACUGAGCCCCCUGCAUGAAGUAUUGACAAAUUAAGUCAUGUAAUUUGGUAACUGUGUCAACAAUAGUGGCUUUCUCAUCAGUGUUACAGCAAUGCAAACAGGUAUUGUGUGCUUGCUAAAAGAUGUUUCACAUUUUAGAAAUGUUAUUGAAAACCAUAAGUGAGAAGUGUGUGGUUAAAUGAAACAAGUAUUGACAAAUAAAACAUGCUAAACCAG